UUUGAUCAAACACCAAGAUCGAAGAUCAAGCGGUGUCCGAUUUAGUUGAAAUUUGAACUGAUCGUCGGUAACACCUUGGGUUUUAACCUGAACGGUGGAGAUCGUAUUUGCUGCUCUGGUUUAUCGGGAAUGGCCCUCAGUUUGUGACCCUUUUCUGUUACUUAUCAUUGGUAUCAAAGCCAUUGACAAAAGCCUUACCUGUGCAUGGUAUUGACCCGAUCGAGAAUGGAGCAACGUGUGGAAAAUCUGGAAAACACCCUAGCGGAAGUGAGAACUGCCGUGAAUGAACUGCUUGGCUUGCGUGAGACCGUGGCCGAAUUGAAGAAUAUCAUGUUACAGGGUGACCGCCAUAAGAGAAGAGGACGAUCAACCACAAACCGUCGUCGCCAUACUUCAGCAAGCGUGAGCUCCUCUAGUUCUGAAGGUAAAUCUCAUGAAUCUCACUCAGUUUCACGCAGCCCUUAUCAGAAGAGAAUCAGCGACCGUGUAUAUACUGGAAGAAAGGUCGAUUUACCACUUUUUAGUGGAGACGAUGCUUAUGGAUGGCUGAUUAGGGUUGAGCGCUAUUUCAAACUCAACCAUGUGGCAGAAGAGGAUAAAGUAGAAAUAAUCUUGAUAGCCAUGGCCGGAAAAGCUCUGAACUGGUACCAAUGGUGGGAUGAACAGACUGAUGACCAUUCUUGGGUUAACUUCAAAGAUGCUUUGUUCCGGCAUUUUCAACCUGCCUUAGUGCAGAAUCCGUUUGGUCCUAUGCUCAGUAUUAGGCAAACUGGUUCUGUAAUGGAAUACCGGGAUCACUUUGAAAUGGUUGUAGCUCCUCUCAAACUUGCUGACCAAGGGAUGUUAAAAGGAGUGUUUCUCAAUGGCCUUAAAAAAGAAAUUAGCACGGAACUGAAGUUGCACCAGACCAGUGGGUUAACUGAACUGAUGGACAAGGCUUUGUUGUUGGAGCAGAAGAAUAAGGUGUGGAUAGGGAAAAAAAUAAAGAAGAAGACAACAUAGGUUGGAAGGAACAGGGAGGAAAAAUGGUUAGACCCUGAAACUGGGUAGACGCAACAAAGGGAAGAACACCUGCGUUAAAUCCGGAGAGAACACUUUCAGAGAACAAACUGGAGGAAUCGCCAAAACCGAGUAAGACAUGGGAAGGUGGCCAAAGGUUGACACAAGCAGACUUAGAAGAAAGAAGCAAGAAGGGCUUAUGCUUCAAAUGUGGAAACAAAUGGGGCAAAGAGCAUGUUUGUGGAAUGAAACAUUAUCAAUUGAUCUUGAGGGAAGAGCCAGAAGAAGAGGAGGGCACAGUAGAUCAAUUUUAUGAGCGGGAUGGAGCUGAAAACUUGUUGGAACCUAAUGCAAAAUCAGUCUCUUAUCAUCCACCUUGAGGACAAGGUGGAAGUUAAAGGGGGGAGUGAUGUUAGGGACCUGAACACUACCAAGAAUUAGAGCCUUAUUAAGUCAUUUUAGUUUUGUUCAAUAAUAGGGUUUAGGCCCUACAACUUAUUAGAAGUGGGCUGGCCCAUUAGAAAUAGAAUAAAUAAGGGUGAGUGGGGAUUAGAUGGGG